AUGGAAUAUCAACCAAUUGAUCUUCCAGUCAUUGAUCUUUCUCCCCUUGAAGACAACAUAGAGAAUUCUUCUCCAGAAAUUUUGGAAAAAAUUGCCCGAGAAAUCAAAUCAGCUUGCACAAAACAUGGAGUUUUUUAUAUUACUUCUUCUUCCUUCAAACUAGAAGAACAAAAGAAUAUAUUAGAAUCCUCUCAUAAAUUCUUCGCCCUACCGGAGUCCGUCAAAAAUACAAUUCCGAUAAAGUCCGGAGGUUUUACUCGUGGAUACGUUGGGAUCGGAUCGGAAUCCGGAUCACAUCGACUUGAGGUUAAAGAAGCGUUUUCAUAUGGAUAUGAAUGGAAUGCGAGUGAAAAUCCGACUAAUUCUUUGCAAGGACCAAAUGAAUGGGGAAAUUUGGGACAAAUACUAGGUGAAGAGUGGCGUGAAUCUCUAAAACGAUUUUACAAUCUGCUGGUCCAUUUAGCCACCUUGGUGGUAAAAGGUUUAGAGCUGGCACUGGGGAUUGAAUUGAAAAGUCAUUGCAGCGGAGGAGAAACUAUUUCCCUCAUGAGAUUGUUUAGAUAUUUUCCUUAUGAAAAUAAGGAACAGGAUGCAAAUGAAAACGAGAAAAUUGGAAGUUCACCGCACACAGAUUGGGGAUUUCUAACAUUAGUCCUUCAACAAGAGGACACUCAAGGUCUUCAAGUAUUUUACAAUGAUCAAUGGUGGGAUAUUCCCAGUAAACCUGCCUCAAUUAUCGUUAACUGUGGAGAUUAUCUCUCCCUUCUCUCGCGUGGAACUUACAUCUCACCUCUACAUCGCGUAGUAAAUGAUGGAAUGCAUGAACGUUAUUCCUGUGCCUUUUUUUAUUAUCCAAGAUACGAUUCCAAGAUUCCAAUGUUCAAUCAAGAUGCCGACAACGAAAUUCUCUGCUCCAAAGAAUUAAGUUUGUUCAAAAACCAAACAAAUGAUUUUAAUGACCAAAAAGAAAAUAUGAUAGAUUUAACUGAUAUUUGUUUUGGAGAG